UGAUAUCGAAGAUGAAAGUUUCAUAAUGAACCAAUUCUUUGUACAGGCAUGCAACGAGAUUUUGGUGAGGAGCAUAAGCAUUCUCGAGCUAUUAAAGGCGCCCCUCUUGAGUCGCUUUUUGCACAGUUUUGUUUACAUUGCCUUUGGUUUGGCAACUGCAACAUACGUGCUAUCGCUGUUCUCUGGAUAGAGUUCGUUCGAGAAGUUCGUUGGUUUUGGGAAGAGUCACAGCCAUUAGCCCGAAUGCCCAUCAAUGGUGUAAUUGACCUAUCGACUUGUUUGAUUAACCAGAAACUACACAUGCUUGCUAUAUGCAUUGAUAAGAAGCACCGACAGGAUCAAGACCAUCAAAAAGGUGUUGAAAACCAAGCUUCUGUUUCUAAUCGAGCUGAGGAAGAUGUGCAGGUUGCAAGAGACUUGUAUUCUCAGAGCGUCGGUGAAGGUUUUAGUGAGGAACGUGACAGCCCAUCAACAUCCAAAGGCCUGCGUGCUGCUGAAGCUACCAAGCCCAGUUUUAGUUCCAAGCAUCCGAAUGCUGUGACAUCUGCUGAUUCUAAACCUUCAGAUUGUGUCAGGUGGGGAUCAGCUGGGGUGGUGGGGUCUAUGAUGCUUCUAAACUCAUACCAGAAGAUGCACGCCCCUUUCACCCAGGAUCCACCCCUUAUGACAGAAGACAUGCAUGAAGAAAGACUACAUGCUGUUGAAGCGUUUGGUGAUUCAUUUAGUUUCUCUGCGCAACUGGAGAGAGAGAUCUUAUCAUCAGAUAUGUCAGCAUUCAAAGCAGCAAAUCCAGAUGCUGUCUUUGAAGAUUUUAUCCGAUGGCAUUCACCCAGAGAUUGGGAGAAUGAUGACACUGAAAAUAUUGGAGUAUCCCAGACUAAUACCAUGGAUGGCUUGAAAAAUGACUGGCCUCCUCGAGGACGACUUUCAGAGAGAAUGUCUGAGUAUGGGAAUUCAUGGCGAACAAUCUGGAAUGAGGCUCCUGCUUUGCCAGCUUCUGAGCAGAAGCCACUUCUAGAUCCAAAUCAAGAAGGAGAAAAGGCUCUCCACUAUUUGGAAACAUUGCAACCACAUGAACUGCUGGAACAAAUGAUUUGUACUGCUUUCAGAGCAGCAGCUGACACUUUAAACCAGACUACUUUUGGCGGCCUAAAGCAGAUGACUACCAAAAUGGGGCAACUUUACCUUACUAUGGCUUCUACAUUGAAGCCUUUGCAAGCAAAUCAUCCAUGUGUUGACGGAGAGAUUAUUGAAGACUCUAGGCGACUUUGCGCAAUUUUUGGGCAUGUUGAGAGCCUACUAACCCUAGCAGCUUCUCUACAUCGUAAGUUCUUGCAAACACCACGUCUGUCAGAAGCAAUUUUCAGUGACUACUACGACUUUUAUCUUCCAAGAAUGGGAACAGGCUCUCUGGGAUGUGAUGUUGACAAGGAUUUUGAAAAGAAGCAACAAGUAAGAUUGCAAGAGAGAGAAGUCAUUGCAAGCAUGUUCACUCCACCCACAGCCAAUCAGUCAUGGAGAAAAGCUUUGAGUAUGGGAAAUCUUCUCAAUGGCCAUGAACCAAUUUUCAGGGAGAUCAUAUUUUAUAUGCGCGAUAGAGUGAGUGGCAGUUACUACGCCGCAUGCUCUUCUACGGGUUAUCAACAAGAGAUAGAAACAUAUAGAAUGUACAUUUGUGGAACUUCAAAUGAUCUUCAGGUUGCACUAUCUGUUGCCUCUUGCGACUAGUCUCUUCCUGUAACAUAUUUAUAUGCACUUUCUUUGUCAUUAUUGUUAUUAUUUUUGUGGGUGUUUUUUUGUUUUUAUCAUAUUUGAAUUACAUAUGUCCUGACACUGGUUUUGUUUUUGUGAUCCGGACAUUUGAUGUGGAUGAAAUUAUAUCAAUGUGCUUGAAACAAGGUUUAUUGUUUUAUCUGGAAUUGUAAUUUUUUUGGGCAGUUAAUGAAAAUGAAGUAGCAACAACUCUUGGAUA